GAGUGCAAGUUUCUCUCAAGCCACGAGGUCCUCGUUCUUCAUGAGAAGCGACCCGUCCGUUCAGAAACUCUCUCAGGGGAAUGGUCACUGCGUGAACGGCAUGGGCGGACAAGUCCACGGCUUCUAUAGUUUACCCAAGCCGAGCAGGCACAAUUCGGAACUCCAGGACAGCGCCUACGACCUCCCCAGGAGCUUUGGAUGCUACGCCCACACCAAAUCGAGCCUCACGGGCUCCGAAACGGAUAGCGAGGAGGUCUAUACCUUUAAGACUCCCAACAAUACCCUGUGCAAGGACUUUGGGGAGCUGACCACGGAUUCGUACGAUGUCCCCGGUACCCCCUUGUCCAUUUAUCAGAUCCCGAGGACAUUCACGCUGGACAAGAACCACAACGCCCUGGCAGUGGCUGCCAACGAUACACCGGCUGCUCCUCCUCCUCGGCCUCCCAAGCCAGGGCAGGCAGAGACACGGUGGGGCAGCCCUCAGCAGCGGCUGCUGGACAGUGAAGGCCUCAGCAUGGGUUCCGUGGCUGCCACCAUUCCCAGGAGGAACACACUGCCGGCAAUGGAGAACUGCAGGCUGCAUCGAGCUUCCUCUUGCGAGACCUACGAAUAUCCCCAGCACGGCAAGAGCAGCAGUGUCCAGUCAACGGAGUCCGUGAAUGUCAGGGUCGGCUCGUACUUGCAAAAUAAAGCCACGGUGGCUCGCUCCCACAGUGCCGACUCCGAAGACAACUACGUGCACAUGAACCCUGGCUCCUCUGUCCUACUGAACACAGAGAGAUCCAACGACAACUCCUACAUCCCCAUGAGCCCCGGGCCGCAUCACCUUGACCUCAUGGCGCUGUCCUCGUCCACCUUCCCGGUUCACAAAGGGAGCGCCAGUUCCCAGCCUCUCAGGCGGAUGAGCGAGAUCCAGCCCCCACCGGUCAACCGCAACCUCAAACCUGACCGCAAAGCAAAGCCAACGCCGCUGGACUUGAGAAACAACACCGUCAUCGAUGAGCUUCCUUUCAAAUCGCCUGUCACAAAAUCCUGGUCCAGGCCUGGCCAAGCAUUCAACUCCAACUUCUCGCCCUACUGCCGCCCCAUCUCCUCCCAGAGCAUCACCAGCACGGACUCAGGAGACAGCGAGGAGAACUACGUCGCCAUGCAAAACCCAGUCUCUGCUUCCCCCAUUCCCAGCGGCACCAACAGCCCCGCCACGAAGAAGAGCACAGGAAGCGUGGAUUACCUGGCUCUGGACUUCCAGCCGAGCUCACCCGGUCCGCACAGAAAGCCCUCCACGUCGUCGGUCGCCUCCGACGAGAAGGUCGAUUACGUGCAAGUCGAUAAGGAGAAAACCCAGGCGCUGCAAAGCACCAUGCAAGAAUGGACAGACGUCCGGCAGUCUUCGGAACCCGCCAAAGCGGCCAAGUAGGAGCAGCCGGAGGUGGUGGCAGGCCGGAGCGUCGAGGGGAAAGCCUUCCGG